AUGAAGCCAAUGAAGAGAUACUUGGUAUACGCGGGAAAGGUCGUUUGCCUGCUCGCCUGCAUAGCUUUCUAUAAAAGUUGCGGGGUCAGGACAGCAGAAGAAUCGCUCGUUUUCACGGCCGCUGAGCUGGAAGAAAAUAAUUUUUCCCAAUUCCGGCCGUAUCCUAUUGCCAAGAGGGUGGCUCCGCAGCGGAGGAACAUUACAAAAACCCAGAUCGCGAUCGUGAUUAUGGUCAAGGACGCGACGAAUGAUGAGAAUUAUCGAAUAGCCGUCAACUCGAUUCGCUGCUAUGCCGAGAUCCAUGGGUAUGCCUACUACCACAUCGAUUACAGCAAAAAUAAGACGCUGCAACGUAUGUGUCCUCAAGAAGAUUUCCUGUUCGCUCGCCAUUGCAUCAUGGUUGACUUAAUGAAAGGCGUCCCGAACGAGUGGUUCCUAUUUUUCGGGGCCGAUAAUGGGGUCAUCAACCCGAUCAGAAGGAUCGAGGAAUAUCUACCCGCGGAGACUACGGUAGAUGUGGUUUUCUAUAACCGUUUUUACAACGAUGAAAUUAUGGCAGACACCUAUUUGAUACGAAAUACGAAGCGAUCCCACAUCUUUCUCAAUCGCUGGGCUGAAUACUAUAACCUUACCAAAGAUUACGAGUGCAGCGGCACUGACAAUGGGGCUAUUCAGAAAGGACAAGGCUGGUCCCGGGAUGGCUGGGUAACCGGCACGAAAUGGUUCGAGAGGGACCUGUUUUUCCACGGUUGGAAGAAAGAAAAAUUAUACACGGAGUGGAAUCUGCCCUUCACCUCAACAGAUCUCUUCGACAAAACGUGCAGUGCUGGCGAUUUUGAAAGAUGGAAAUAUGAUCCACAAUUUAAAGCCGACUGUCUGGACGUCGAUCUCGAGCUGCACCUCUUCUUUGAAAAAUCGCGCACAAAAUACUAUGAAAGGCUGCAAACGUUGCGGCAAAUGGACAUUUUUCCGGUGAAAUUCUACCAGAAAUACGGGCUG